AUGACGGAAAAAGGUUUCGCGACGAUAGCUAUUCAUGCCGGGCAAGAUCCUGAUCAGUGGAAUCAUCGUUCGGUUGUACCACCUUUGGUGAUGUCCGCCACUUUUAAGCAGAAUAGUCCAGCGCUGCCUAAACAUUUUUCAUAUGGCAGAAUCAGCAAUCCUACGCGUAAUGUUCUGGAGACAUGCCUGGCUACUUUAGAGAAAGGCAAACAUGCCUUUUGCUUUUCUUCUGGAUUAGGUACCCUUACUGCUAUUAUAGGUUUAUUGGAGGUAGGAGAUCAUUUGGUUGUCGGAGACGAUCUUUAUGGUGGAACCAACAGUUACAUCCAGAAAUGUAGUAGCAAACAAGGCAUGAAAUGUACUUUCGUUGAUAUGACUAAUGUACAAAAUGUUAUAGAUGCCAUACAGCCAAAUACAAAAAUGAUAUGGCUAGAGACGCCGACAAAUCCUUUGAUGAAAUUAACAGAUAUAAAAGCUGUUGCUGAAAGUCUGAAAUCUCGUCCAGACAUUAUAAUAGUUGUUGAUAAUACAUUUUUGACAUGUUAUUUUCAAAAACCUCUUGACCUUGGUGCCGACAUAGUGAUGUAUAGCUUGACCAAGUAUAUGAAUGGCUAUAUGGAUGUGAUUAUGGGUGCCGCUAUAACGCGCCGGGACGAUCUCGCGCAGAAAUUGCAAUUCCAUCAAACUGUCAUGGGAAUUAUUCCAUCACCAUUUGACUGUGCCUUGGUCAAUCGUAGUUUAAAAACACUCGAACUAAGAAUGCAAAAACACAUGAAAAAUGGUUUAGCCGUAGCCAUGUUUCUCGAUUCUCAUCCUAAAGUCGAGAAAGUGAUUCAUCCACUUCUCUCGUCACAUCCGCAACAUCAGCUUGCGUUUACACAACAAACAGGGCACAGCGGAAUGGUUUCUUUCUAUCUGAAAGGCGAUUCUAAACGCUUUUUGCUAGCAUUGAAAAUUUUUGUUUUAGCUGUAUCCUUAGGCGGUUACGUAUCGCUAGCCGAAAUGCCAUCCGUAAUGACACACUUGUCCGUGUCAGAAGAUGUGCGAAUAAAAUUAGGCAUAACUGAUCAAUUAAUUCGAUUAUCUGUUGGUCUUGAAACCGAAGACGAUCUCAUAGCCGAUCUCAAACAAGCAUUGGACGCUUGUUAAUGAAUUAAUGAAGUAUUGUCAAAUAUUUCUGAAUAUGCAAAUGUAUGUAUUUUCAAGUUUAAAAUAAAUUACAAUA